AUGGCUCCCUAUAUUAACAUUCACAUCCAUGAACUGUCAGGACUCGAAUCAACCUCUGACAAUAUCAAGAUUAUCCCUUCCUUCGCCUUCAAACUGGAAUGGCUUCAUUUACUGGCCAUAGCACUAUACGCUUCAGGGCUCAGUAGUCUACGAUCAAACAAACAUGUGCAUUGGUGCUUUCUACCAUUGAUCGCAUUGAUCAGCUUUCAGGUAUCAAGAGCGACAUGGGCAUUACUGGAUAAAGACAUGUAUGUUCAAGAUCAGUUGAACCAAUCAUGGCAACAAGCGUACGAUCAGUCAUCCGUUCUCAGCCACCUGGAAAGCGAAUGGCACUGUCAAGGAUUCCUUUCCCCUUCCGAUCGCUCAAUGCUAACCUCGUCCAGCUAUGAUCAUCCCUGCUUUCCAAAACUGGCCAAAGCCUUUGCUGAACCAAUUUAUCGAUGGGGGAUUGCUCUUUGGGCACUGAAAUUCAUUCAGGUUAUUGGUUUACUGAUUUGCUACUCGUUUUAUUUGCAUUUGGACGAUACCAUGAUGGACGACAAAGAACGAUGUGUCACAGAGGAUGAUAACAAUGAGCAACAGUCAAGUGUAGCCAUUUUCACAAAUUCGGAAACCAUCUGCGAGAAGCUCAUUGCUGUGGAUACCCCGGAGGACGCAACGUCUCACUUAUGCAAUGCAAGACGGUCAAACAUUAUCGUUGUCAUUUAA